UCUCUACAUGAGAUGAACACAAACCCACCUCUCCCACCCUGAUGUCCAAACCCCCAUUUAGUUGUAGACUUGUUCUCUCCAUCUCAAAAGCUCAUUAAUGACUUCAAAAUAACUUGAGCUCUACUGCUAUAACAACAGCAUCAGGAUGGACAAUCCAAGUGAGGAGUGGGAAGUCCAGAGACACUCAUCAUCAGAUGGAAGUAACAGCAAGGUGAGUUGGAUUCUGCACAAGGGUCUGAGCCUGGGAAAGAAGAUUGUCAUCACCGGUGUCAUGAUCUCAUCUGCUCCCUUGGUUCUCCCUCCGCUUGUGGUUAUUUCUGCACUCGGGUUUGCAUUCUCCGUUCCUUUUGGGCUGGUCUUUGCAAGUUAUGCUUGCACUGAGAAGCUCAUGAGCAAGUUGCUUCCUGGGCCAAGAUAUCCUCUUAUGUUGGGGAUUGGAACACCAACCAAAGGAGAAGUAGAAGAAGAAGAAACGGAAUUUGGAUUUGGAGAUGGUGAGUAUUGGCGAAAAGGUGAUGAGAUCGAUGAUCAAGAACUAGUGGAAGAAGUAGACAACGAAAUUGUGAAGGACUUGGGGUAUGAUUUAGAAAUGAAUGCAGAUGAAUAUGGGCGCAAAAGCAUUGAGAAGGAUGACGAAGAACCAAGGAAUGGCGUAGAUGAAAUAGUCAAUAAAGAUGGGUAUGAGAAAGAUGUGGGUGAAGAUGUAGAGGGAAAGGAUAAGGAGCCAUUGGAAGGGAUUGAAGUGAAAAUUGAAGGAAUCAGAGAAGAGGAAAAGGACGUACCAGUAGUAGAAAGAAGCAAGUGGGAGAAGCCAGUAGAUGUGCAUCAAAUUGAAGUUGUGGUAGGAAAAGCUGAGAAAAAUGGAGAUGUGAUUAAAGGAGGAGUUGUAGAUAGAGACCGUGCUGAUAAAGUGAAACUUUCCAAUGAAGAGGAGGAUUUAGCGAGAGUUACUACAGGAUUGUUACAAAAAGUCAGGGAUGAAGGUGAUGUUGGUGAUCCUGUGGAAAAGGACAAGUGGCAGAGGAAAGAAAUAAGUGAUCAUACUGCCAAGGACAUGGAUCAGAAGAAUUUGACUAUGGCUGCAGAAACAAAGAAACCAUCGGAAGUCAAAGGUGUGAAAUUGGAAAAACUUAUUGGAAAGAUGAAAGGAGGCAAGAAGAGAAACAAGGGGCCUAAACAAAAUAAGGAGAUUCGAGAAAGCAGAACCGAAGAACAUGUGGACGCCGUAUCGGGGGUGGUGGAACAAGUUGAAGCGGGUAUAAAAGAAGACAACAGAGAUGAAAUGAAGGCGGAGAAGGUUGUGGUAGUAGAGGAACCAAUUGGAGAUAUUAGUAAGCCAAUAAAGGGGAACACACUUGUGAAUGCUGAUGACAGACAUGGAGCCAGUGACGAGCGCUCUUACACAACCGCUGAGAAUCCUGAAGAAUAUCAAAACAUUUCAGGUCACACUUCAGAAGGGAAUGCAGGUUCUUUGGAGCUUCAUGUCCCGGCAGAGGAUCCCAAGUCAAAACAUGCUGGAAUUGAUAUCGUUAUGCCUGUUCGUAAGGUGCCACUAAGCGAGAAGAAAAUAUGGGAACAUAUCAAAGCACUAAGAGCGAUAGUGGGAUAUAAAGCUGCACCCCAUGCAACGUGCGUCGAGGAAAUAAAAGCCCUCUGCAUCUUCACGGGAGUAGAGCCACCAGCUGCCUCAUUCAAAAACCCCUCUGAUCUUGUGGAGGUGAAUGACAGGCUCCAAUUUCUCAUGUCCAUUGUUGGAGUGAAGUAGAGGUUAUUGUUUCAUUGUAAACUUUCUUGUCAGUUGUUUGUUAAAGUUUGUUUGCAUCGUUGGGGUAUUUGCGUGGAAGGACCUGAACACUGCUUGUAGUUUGGCUAAAAUGGUGCUGCGGAAGGCUAUUUGUUUGUUC